AUGUUUCGCCUCGUAGAUGCGGUUCUGCAGAAAACAGACGAAGGUAGCGUGGACCCAGAAACGUAUCGUUUCCUUCAGAAGCAUCACGCCGAAUUCAUUCGCAAUGGUUGUGGAUUAUCUCCCGCCGCAAAGAAGAAGUUUCGGGCAGACAAGCUACAUUUGGAUGAGCUCAUUCGACAGUAUCUGAAGAAUUUGAACUCGGAUCAGAACGGUGUAUGGUUCAGUCUAGAGGAGCUUGAAGGGGUUCCUAAAAAUGUCAUUGAGAAGCUUCAGAAAGGCGAAGGAGAGCAGAUCGGAAACUUAUGGGUGACAACGAAGACGCCUCAUACAACUCCCGUACUGCGAUUUGCCAAGAGCGAGAUGACGAGGAAGAAUAUGUACAUUGCGAAUCUGAAUCGGGCAUCUCCAAACAUUCCACUGCACCGGGAUAUCAUCAUCAUACGGGACACACUCAGUAGGCAACUAGGUUUCCGGAACUGGGCUAAUUUGAGAGCAUCGGAGAAAACAGUUGGCUCUACUAAGACCGUGACUGACUUCCUGGGCCGAAUUCAGGCUCCUCUCACGGAUGUUGCACGGAAAGAGGCCGAAGAGCUGUUGAAGCUGAAGAAAGCCGACCUUCCAAAUGACCAAGACACGAGAUUGUAUUACUGGGACCAGGCAUAUUAUGAGCGACUCCGGGAUGAAAGUGUGGCAGCACUAGAUCUCAAAUAUGUAUCGGAGUUCUUUGAAUUAUCGAAGGUUCUCCCGGAAAUGUUGAAAAUCUACGAGAAACUCUUUGAUAUUCAUUUCGAGCAGGUUACGCCUGAACGAUAUCACCAAAUCACUGGGAGAUCAGCAGACACUAUGGUUUGGCAGGAAGAUGUCAAAUUGAGUCUCUUCCACGAGCUUGGACACGCCAUGCACAACCUGCUCUCGCUCACGAAGUUCGGUCGAUUCCAUGGUUCUAAGGUUGAUCGAGACUUUGUUGAGACACCAAGCCUCACGUUUGAGCAUUUCUUCUGGACAGCUCAUCACAUCAAAGACGUGUCGUGCCAUUACUCAUACGUAUCACCUCAGUACAAGGCUGCGUGGGAAGCUAAGCAGAGCAACUCUGACAUGCCUCAGCCGCCACAACAGCUCCCUGAUGAGGUUGUCAAGGGCGUGCUCGGCCUGAAGCUGUCCAAUAAACCAUUGGGAACGGCAAGACAGCUGCACUUUGCUCUUUACGACAUGUUUGUCCACAACCAGGACUCAUCAGAGGAGCUUGGUUCUAUGAACUUCUGCGAGGUCUUCAACAAGAUGCGUAACGAAUUGACAUCUCUUCAAGGUGGCGAGGCACUUGGAGAAGGGUGGGACUGGUGUCAUGGCGAAAGCUGCUACCGUGCUAUAAUGAGUAAUUAUGAUGCCGGGUAUUAUGCAUACCUGAUGGGCCGAGCCUGGGCUCUUGACAUAUUUGAAAGUAAUUUUGAGGCCGACACCAUGAGCAAAUCUGCUGGAAGAAAAUAUCGCGAGAUGCUGUUGCAGCCUGGCGCUAGCCAGCCGGAGAUGAAGACCUUGCGAGAAUAUCUAGGAAGGGAGCCGAAGCUCGAGGCAUACUAUCGAUGGCUGGGUAUCAGCGGCGAUUAA